UCCAUGUUCACCACGCUGGGAGUGUGGAGUCUAGCGGGAGUGACUUCGUGCUUACUUUGAACGAUGAAAGAAAAGAAACAGAAUCCCAGUAGAAAGAAACCAAAAGCCGCUCACAGAAGAGGGAGCGCGGAUCCAGUAAAAUGCUUCGAGAAGUGGAAGAACAAGUACAUGAAGGGGAGAGACCGUUUGAAACAAAGGAGAACGCAGAGGAGAAAACCCGAAUGGCAACUAGAGAGGGAGUACAUCAAAAGUCUGGUGAGCAGAUAUGGUGACAUCAACACGACGGAUGUUUGUAAGUUUUCGGACUUUCCGAUCUCGAAGAAGACCCUGCUGGGUCUCCAGGAGGCUCAGUAUCGUCAGCCCACAGAAAUCCAGAAACAGACGAUCGGCCCCGCUCUGCGUGGCAGGGAUGUCCUUGGUGCUGCGAAGACUGGUUCCGGAAAAACUUUAGCCUUCCUCGUUCCGGUGCUUGAGUGUCUGUAUCGUCAGCAGUGGAGCUCAAUGGACGGUCUCGGUGUCCUCAUCAUAUCACCAACCAGAGAACUCGCCUAUCAAACCUUCGAAGUUCUCCGCAAAGUAGGCAAAAAUCAUGACUUUUCCGCAGGGCUCGUCAUCGGGGGUAAGGACCUUAAGAGCGAGUCAGAGCGGAUAUCCCGCACCAACAUAGUGAUAUGCACCCCGGGGCGGCUGCUGCAACACAUGGACGAGACAGCCUCCUUCUAUGCUAGCAGCUUGCACAUGCUUGUCCUCGACGAGGCGGACCGCAUCCUAGACAUGGGCUUUGCAGACACGCUCAAUGCCAUAGUGGAUAACCUACCCAAGUCACGACAGACCCUGCUGUUUUCCGCCACACAGACCAGGAGUGUGAAAGAUCUGGCCCGUCUGAGUCUCAAGGAUCCAGAGUUUGUGUGGGUUCAUGAGAAAGCCAAGUUCAGCACACCGGCCACCUUGGAGCAGAGCUACGUGGUGUGUGAGUUGCACCACAAAGUGAACAUGCUCUAUUCCUUUGUUAGAAGCCACCUGAAGAAGAAGAUUAUUGUGUUCUUUGCCUGCUGCAAAGAGGUUCAGUAUCUGUUUCGUGCCUUCUGUCGUCUAAGACCUGGGAUUCCCAUCCUGGCGCUGCAUGGGAAGCAGCAGCAAAUAAAGAGGGUGGAAGUCUACAACAAUUUUGUCAAGAAGCAGAGUGCUGUCCUGUUUGCCACUGAUAUUGCUGCGAGAGGCCUGGACUUCCCUGCUGUCCAUUGGGUGCUGCAGUUUGACUGUCCAGAGGACGCAGACACCUACAUCCACAGGGUAGGCCGCACUGCUAGGUACAAGGAGGGUGGAGAAGCUCUGCUGCUCUUGCUCCCCUCUGAAGAGAAAGCCAUGCUGGCCCAGCUUCAGGAGAAGAAGGUUCCCAUCAAUCAGAUCCAAGUGAAUCCAGAAAAAGUGCACUCUGUGCAGCAGAAGCUGGAGGCCUUCCUGGCUCAGGAGAUGGAGCAGAAAGAAAGAGCCCAGAGAUGUUUUGUUUCGUAUCUGCGCUCAGUCUAUCUAAUGAAAAACAAACAAGUCUUUGACAUCUUUGAGCUGCCGAUUAGGCAGUAUGCUCUAUCUCUGGGCCUUGCUGUUUGCCCUAGGGUGCGCUUCCUCAGUAAAGCCCAUGCACAGAAAGCAGAGAAUGAGGAUGAGGAGGAAUCUGAUGAAGAGGAAGAACUCCAGAGCUUUAAGGUUCAGCUGAGUAUGAAGGUGCCCUGUGAAGUUGUUGAACACGACACAGAAGAAAAUGUGGAUGAGUCCUCAAAAGCACUUCAUGGUGACAUUAGUGAAGAUGAAGAUGAUAUUCGGGACUUAGAACUGCUGACUGUCAAAAGAAGGGAUGUCUUUGAGCUGUCGGAGCCAGAGUGUGUGGAGGACACUUCCCAAGGCCCAAAUAACACCAGAAAGAAAACAAAGUUCAAAAAGACCAAAAAGCUCUUAAACAGAAACUUCCAAAUCAAUACCAAAAUUACUUUUAAUGAAGAAGGAGAAGCUGUGCAGCUUUGGCCCCCAGUGCAGCAAACGGUAACUGCUGAGGAUGAGGAAGACGAUGUUUUAGGCAUCAAUGUGGCAAAGGCCAGAGACAGGCUUAGACAUGAAGACCAGGAGUUUGACAAGCAAGAGUACAGACGCAAGGUUCAAGCUGUACACAGAAAUAAGAGGCUCAAGGCCAAAGAGACCAGGAGGGAGGCAAGUAAGCGGCAACGAAGGUCUGAUGAGGAAAAUCUAGCAUACUUGGCCUGUCACAGUGAGGGUGAGUUUGACUCCAGCAUCUUGCCAGACCCUGAUCAGUUGCACUCAUCAGAAGAAGAGGAGGAGGAUUAUGCUAAACAACACAGCUGCAAGGACAAGCCUUUAGCAAUGACAAGAAAGAAAGGAAAGCAGCUGAAUGAUGAGCAUAUUGGCCUGGACACUGGUCUUUCACUGGCUGAAGAUGAGGAGCUGGUUUUACAUCUGCUGCGUGAACCAAAGUAGAGUCUGACUACCAGGGACUGAAAUUCAAACUGAAAACACACCGACUGAAUUCAGUUCUGGUCUUAAAUAUCGUAUGAAAAUAUCAAAUAAAAGGGCCAGAUCAAUGUCUGUUUGUAUUUCUGUUAGUCAGACCUUUGGUUAAGCUGUUCAAACUACAGAUCAUCAGGCUUUCAAGUUUGUCUGAUUUAUGCCCGACUCACAAAAAGGUCACCUACAGAUUUGGUUUAUAAAUGUUUUUCUCAUAUAUGUGUCAUGUGAUAAAGUCACAAUAUUCCUGGUUUUUCCAUUUAUUCUUGAUUCCUGGCUAAUUUUUAUUGCUGGUUGUUGAAUCCUGGUUUUGUUGUUUAAAAUCAAUAAAUAUAGAUACGAGUCAUAA